AUGAAGCACCAAGAAAAGCCACCAGAGGGAAAUAUGACUGAACUGAUGCAAUUUGUUCUCCUGGACUUUGCUGAUGUUCCCCAUCUCCAGUGGUUUCUAUUUGGAUUAUUCUUAAUCGUCUAUAUCAUGAUAUUGAUAGGCAAUGGCACUGUAUUUCUAAUAACGAAACUAGACCCUGCUCUCCAGACCCCAAUGUAUUUUUUGUUGGGCAAUUUUUCCUUUUUGGAAAUCUGCUAUGUGUCAGUUAUUCUCCCCAGAAUGCUCACGAAUCUUUGGACCCAGAGAAGAAGAAUAUCUUUAGUUGCCUGUGCUGCACAAAUGUGCUUCUUCCUCAUGCUGGGAGCCACUGAGUGUUUCCUUCUGGCUGUGAUGGCCUAUGACCGCUAUGUGGCCAUUUGUCACCCUCUGCACUAUCCUCUAGUUAUGAACCACAAGGUCUGUGUCCAGCUGGUGGCUGGCUCUUGGAUGGGUGGCAUUCCAGUCCAAAUAGGGCAGACAUUCCAGAUUUUCUCUCUGUCCUUUUGUGGUUCUAACCUCAUCAACCACUUCUUCUGUGACAUCCCCCCAAUAAUCAAGUUGGCCUGUGGGAACACCACUGUCAAUGAAAUGAUGGUCUACAUAGUCGCUGUGCUGUUUGUCACAGUUCCAUUUCUGUCAAUCCUUGCCUCCUACGGCAAAAUCAUCUCUACAGUUCUUAAACUGCCAUCAGCCACAAGUCGGGCCAAAGCCUUCUCCACCUGCUCAUCUCAUCUUAUAGUGGUGACACUGUUCUUUGGAUCGGCCACUAUCACUUAUUUAAGACCCAAGACCCAAGACUCAGCAGGAACUGACAAAGUGCUUUCUCUUUUCUACACCAUCGCGACGCCCUUAUUUAACCCCAUGAUAUACAGUCUAAGAAACAAGGAUGUCAUAAAGGCACUGAAGAAACUGCUAUGUAAAUAA